AUGGCACCCAACGUGUCCUCUUGCCGCGUCCAGCUAUCAUACCCCCUCUAUGCCGCAGAUUUUGACCCUUUCAAUCCAGACUUCCUACUCGUAGGCGGGGGAGGCGGCUCAUCCGCGACAGGUGUGCCAAACAAGAUUUCACUAAUCGACGCCUCGCGACGGGAUCAGCUGAAAGAGGUGGUCGACAUCGAAUUGGCAAAAGAUGAGGAUUCGGUCACCAGCCUCGCCGUUGCGGACUCGUCGCCAGAACACUUGACUGCGUUUGCUGGCAUCAACAGUUCGGUCGCAGACCAUAAAGCAGGAAAGAACGAACAUUUACGGUCAUUCAGGAUUGGUCUACCCGCAAGGAAGAGAAAAGCCGAUGGGAGUGCGGUGGAGGGCGGCGCCGAGAAGCCGCUGGCCUCAGUACAAGUGACACAAUCUCUGGGGCGGGCUGCAUUGUUUGGAUCUAAGGUGGACACCAAGAACGAGACGUAUCAAAGAGUUCUACGGUUUUCGCCGACUCAAAAAUCUGGAGAACCUCGGCUUGCAGCUAUCGCUUCCGGACUGGGUCUGACAAACGAGAUCGUUGUUUUCCAUCCGAGACCACAGCCAAGGCAGGAUGAUGUGGUCUCGCGCGUAGAGCUUGACACCAAGGAAGCCGAGGACGUCGACCUGGCGCCAAAUGAAGGCGAGAAAGGUGGCUAUGUGCUUGCAUACUGCACCAACGACGAAGUCUUCAUGCAGCAACUUCCAAUAACAUCCACCCCUGAAGCCCCAACAUCUCUCUUCCGGGCUGCUGAGAUCUCCACAAAUCUUCCGCCUUCGCAGAGGCCCAAGUUUCGCGCCAUUCGCUUCCUUACGCCUCGCCUGCUCCUUCUCCUCCGCAACCGACCUCAGAGAUCUGGGGCCGAUCUUUUGGUUCUGCGAGUCAGCAAGGAUUGUUCACAAGCACGCAUAGUCCUGCGCAAACAAGCCAACAAAUCCCUCAAGGCGGCCGUUGGGCUUGAUGUUGCACCACUCAGCGAAGUCGCGGGAGAGAGGCAAUUUGUGAUAGCAGUGGGUGGGAUCCCGGGAGAGAACAGCGCCGUCGAGGUUUUGACCCUCGACUAUUCCCGAGAUGCGGGCCUUGGGACAUUUCGCUCUUUCACAUAUCUCAAAGACGUCCACAACGGACCCCUUACUGGCCUGGUCUUCUCCAACUUUAUCGGGCCCAAACUACCUGUGACUGGAGAUGUCGGACCUCAGUCUCUAAGGCUUGCUUCUGUGGGUGUUGACAAGUCUGUCAUAGUCCACUACAUUCCAUUGCGACCGUUUCCGUCGCCCGACAUCAAGAGCCCUAGAUACGUCCUCAUCCCGCCUGGUCGGUCGGAGGUCGUGCAGACCACGUUCAGUGUCUUCUUCGCCAUUGUUGUCAUUGGCUUUGCGGCUUUCCUCAUGCAGGUCUUCUGCGAGAUCCGUGGCGUCGUUCCGCCGGUCCUUGGAGCGCCAGAUUGGUUCUCGCCUCGUCUGCGGGAACUUAUUGGCCAGCCCUAUUUGCUCGCCAACCAGGCGAGCUCUGCCGCCUCAGACAUUCCGGUCGCCGCGCACAGCGCAGUCGACGAGUUCAAGAAGUCAGCAGACGACAUCUCUGCUACCCUUUCUUCCGCGGUUGCAGCUGCGACCGAAGGUCUGAAGAAUCUGGUCGAGCAGAACUCCAACCUUGAGACCCCGAAAGCAAUAAUUGUGCGGGAGGAAUCUCUCGGGGAAAUCUCGACCGAGGUCAUUCACUCGGACGCCGAGGUCGUCAAGCAGGAGACGUUGAGGAAAUGGGACGAACUUAGCGAGUCGCAGAAGAAGUCGUGGAAGCGAAAGCUGAUCGAUGCCGGUCACUGGGCGGAGCAACAAGGCGAGAACGUAUUGAAGGGGAUCCUGUUCUCCGAGCUCGCGGGCGCUGUGGGAAAUAUGGUCGGAGGAGGUUAG